AUGGAUCCCCGAUACGCAGCUGCCCAGCUGCGCCUGCGCCAGCACACAGUCCUGCUGCUAAACGAGAAAGGCCUGCGGGGCUCCCAGCUCAGGGAGGCAGUGAACAGCGCUGCGACACAAAUGGGCCUGCCGUUGACUGCCAUCCCGCACGAUGUCGCCAGGCUGGUGGCCGCAUACAGCCAGCCGGCGGCGGCAUCGACGGCGGCGGCGGAUGUCGCCGCCCGCCAGCAGCUGGCGCCAGCUGGUGCAGCCCAGGCUCGCAACCCCUCAGCCCAGGCACAGGCCGCCUCGCACCAGGAGCAGCUGCGCAUCUCUAUGGAGCGCAUACAGCGUGCAGCCCCCGUGGCGGCGGCAGCAGCAGCAGCGGCCGCGGCGGCAGGCCGCACGGGCAGCAGCCAGCCACCCACCUCUGCCGAGCUGACCGCCAUGCGGGCCGCAUACCUGGCGCACCUCAACGGGGCCACCUCCGGCGCCACCACCGCGGCAGCUGCGGAUUCAAUGGCACGCAAACAGAAGAAGAAGCGCAAGUCGGCGGCGGAUGCGGCGGGCACGGCGGCGGCAGCGGCGGCAGGCGAGCCCAUGGUGGAGCUGGAGGAGGAGGAGGACAUGGAGGAGGGCGGCGCAGUGGGCACGGAUGAAAACGAGGAUGGCCACACGUACGCUGAGUACCGCGCCAUGCAGAUCCGCGCCAUGCACCCAGACAUCAUGGGCCACCCAGAUGCUCUGGUGGAGACUGCCUCGCUGGCCUCGGUGCCGCUGCCCGCCCCCUCCUUCCAGCACAGCCUGCACGACUGCGUGGCGGAGAGGCUGCUGAGCGACGCGCAGCUGGAGACGAUUGUGUACGCCAACAUGAAGUUCAACGGGCCCCGCCUGCCCGACGGCAAGCGCGCCGGCUUCUUCCUGGGCGACGGCGCGGGCGUGGGCAAGGGGCGCCAGAUCGGGGGCCUGAUCAAGCAGCACUGGGCGGACGGCGGGCGGCGCGUGCUGUGGGUGUCUGUCAGCGCCGACCUGCGCCACGACGCCGCCCGCGACCUGCGGGACGUCAGGGCCAGCCGGAUACCCAUCUGCCCUCGGGGCAGCGAGUCGGUGCCCACUGGGCGGGGCCUGGAGCGCUUUGGCGACGGCUGCCUGUUCAUCACCUACUCCCUGCUCAUCUCCGGCCUGGGCAGCAAGAAGGCCAGGGGGCAGGACGAGGAGGAGGGCGAGGCGCAGAACGUGGAGGCGGGCCGGCUGCUGGUGCCGCCCGGAAGCCGCCUGGCGCAGAUUGUGGCGUGGCUGCAGGGCGGCAAGGGCCAGCCGCCGCUGCUUGUGUUUGAUGAGUGCCACAAGGCCAAGAACCUGCUGCCCUCGGGCGGCGCGCAGCCCACGAUGACGGCGAGGGCUGUGGUGGAGAUCCAGGCGGGUGGCGCUGGGGGCUUCACAGCAUGUAGCCCAACCGUCGAGCAGCUGCCGGAUGCCAAGGUUCUGUACAGCUCCGCCACCGGGGCCUCCGAGCCCAAGAACCUGGCCUACAUGACGCGGCUGGGGCUGUUUGGCUUCAAGGACGCGCAGGACAUGAUCGAGCUGCUCAGCAAGUCCAAGCUGGGAGCCCUGGAGCUGGCUGCCAUGUCGCUCAAGGCCACCGGCACAUACCUGUCGCGCACCCUAAGCUACGCGGGGGCCGAGUUUGCGCUGGGGUAUGUGGAUGUGGACGAGGUGUUCAAGGUCAUGUACGACAGGGCCACCUCCUUCUGGACGCUGCUGUGGAAGAUUGUGCAGUGCCACCCUCGCCUCAAGAAGCUGCAGGGCGUCUUCUGGUCCGCCAACCAGCGCUUCUGGAAGCAGCUGCUCAUGGCCAGCAAGGUGCCUGCGUGCGCCCUCAUGGCCAAGGAGGCGAUGCAGAACGGAAUGGCGGUGGUCAUCGGCCUGCAGAGCACAGGCGAGGCCAACACCGACCUGCUCAAGGAGACGAGCGGCAACAACUUUGACGACCUGGUGUCGGCGCCGCGCAUGAUCCUGGAGCAGUACAUCAGGGGGCACUUCCCGCUGGACACUGCCGGCGCGGACCGGGCUGAGCUGGACAGCCUGGAGUACCAGGUGUUCAACGCCAUCCAGACCUGGCGAGACAUGCCCUCCGCCAGCCAGGUGGUGGCGGCCAAGGCGCAAGGGCGCGAGGUGCAGCACGCCGCCGCGCUCAUGGGCUUCCGCGUCAACCGCCGCGAGCGGCAGAGCGAGGACGCCAUCAUUGCCAUGAGGCUCAAGAUGAAGAAAGCAGCGCAGGAGGAGGAGGCCAAAUGGGUGGAAAGGGCGCACCAGGAGAAGCUGGAGCAGUGGCAGCGGCGGCGGGCGGCCCAGGAGCGCCGCCUGCGCCUGGAGAAGGAGCAGGCGGAGGAGGAUGUGGCGGCGGCAGAGGCGGCGGUGGCGCGGCUGCACGGCAAGGCCAAGGCCGCGCCGGCUGCCGCCACGGCAGGCCUGGAGGCCAGCAGCAGCGACGAGGAGGGGGGGCAGACGCUGGCUGCACGGGCCGGCGGCUGCGGCGGCAGCGCCAAGCGCAAGGCGGCUGUGCUGGAGGAUUCGGAGGACGAGCGCGACGGCGGCAAGGAGAACGCGGCGCAGCGGCACACGGCAAAGCGCCCGCCCGCGUCGCGCCGCCGGGUGCUGGACGGCGACAGCGACUCCUCCUCCGACGACGAGCUGCCGCUGUCGGCGCGCCCGCCGCUGGCGCCGCGCGGCGCGGGCGCCGGCGGGCAGCCGCCGCUGGCCUUCCGCCUGGUGGCGGAGCCUGUGGAGAUAGACCUGACCCUGGACGACGACAUUGAGUGCAUGAUCUGCGGUCGUGAGGACGACGAGGAAAACAUGAUGCUGUGCGACGGAUGCGACCGCGGCUGCCACACGCUGUGCGCCGGCCUGCGCCGCCUGCCCUGCUCCACCACUUGGCUCUGCUCCGGCUGCUCCGCGGCACAGAACAGCAAGACCGGAGGCGCGGCCAAGCAGCAGCAGCAGCAGCAGCACGGGCGGCUGCACAAGCGCACGGCAGCGGCGGGCCUGUCGGACAGCGAAGACGAUGCAGGCUUGCUUUCCGCGCCUCGGGUGGCGCCGCAGACCGCCGGCAGCAAGAUGCAGCUGCUGGCUGCCGAGCGGCGGCUGGAGACGGCUAAACGCCAGCUGAGGACGGCCGAGCUGGAGCUGGAGGCUUUCGAGGAGCAGACGGCAGAGGGCCCGCCCCCAACGCCCCAGCGCGCUCCCCGCCUGGGCCACCGGCAGCAGGCAAGUCGCAUCUGCCGCCCGCCUGCUUCACGCUGUCGGCAGCUGCGUCGUGCUGCCCCGCAGGCGCGCGCGGGCAGCACCUCUUUCGACCCAACCGUACGCAACCUGCAGCUGACAAGCAGGGGGGUGGCUGGCUACCGCCACGCCGUCAAGGUGCACGGCCUGGCGGACAUGCAGCUGCCGGCGGGCAUGGGGGCGCAGCUGGCGGCACGGGAGGAGGCGCGGCUGGCGGCGCAAGAGGCGCGGGCGCCCGAGGCCGAGGAGGGCGCCUUUGAUCUGGGUGGCAUGGGCCCGGACUUCAAGCCCCAGGAGGGCGACCCCAACGCCGACAUCUCCCUCCAGCUGCUGCGCAUGCGGGGCUGGCUGCUGCGCAUCGUCAACGCCAUGGAGCUGCCGCCCAACCCGCUGGACCACCUCAUCGAGUUGCUGGGGGGCGAGCAGCAUGUGGCGGAGCUGACGGGGCGCAAGGGCUUUGUGUCCAAGGAUGAGGGCAGCGGGCGGGCCAUGUACGUGCAGCGGGGCGGGGACGGGCCGCAGAAGGAUGUCAACAUGCGGGAGAAGGAGGCGUUCAUGGAGGGGCGCAAGCUGGUGGCCAUCAUCAGCGACGCAGCCUCCACAGGCAUCUCGCUGCAGGCCGACCGGCGCGUGGGCAACCAGCGGCGGCGCUGCCACAUCACCCUGGAGCUGCCCUGGUCUGCUGACAAGGCGGUGCAGCAGUUUGGCCGCUCCCACCGCGCCAACCAGGUGUCGGCCCCGCUGUACCGCAUCCUCACGGUACCCGUGGGCGGGGAGUACCGCUUCGCCUCUGCCGCAGCCAAGCGCCUGGCCUCCCUGGGCGCCCUGCUGCGCGGCGACCGUAACGCCAUCGGCGCCGGCUCCGAGCUCAAGGGCUUCGACAUCGACAACGCGCACGGCGAGAAGGCACUGCUGCGGGUGCUGCAGGACGUCUGCGGGGAGCACGGCAGCAAGCCCAUGCCCGGGGUCAAGGUGCCCGAGCUGCCGCCAGAGCUGGCUGAGUCGGAGUUCCUGCACACCUCUGGCAUGGAUGAGCUCAUGGAGCGGUCUGGCAGGGAGGCCACCCCUCCCUUCUUCAAGUACAUGCGCACCAAGCUGCUCAGCAUCGGUGUGCUGGAGGAGGGUGGCGAGGGGACGGGGCGCAUCUUGGUGCCCUCUGCCAAGGCCAAGGUCAAGAUCCCCCGCUUCCUCAACCGACUGCUGGGACUGCCCAUGGUGGACCAGGAGCUGCUGUUCCAGUACUUCCAGGACACGCUGGACGCCACCGUGGCCCAGCUCAAGUCGGAGGGCAAGUUCGACUCGGGCAUCGUGACCAUCAAGGGCCGCAGCUGCAAGGUAGUGAGCAAGCGUCCCAUCUACCGGGACGCCACCUCUGGCGGCGAGGUGCAGCACGUGGAGCUCAGCCUGGACAGGGGGCUGCCCUGGGAGGCGGCGCUGGCAUUCAAGAACGAGGUGGAGGAGAAGCUGGAGGAGCAGGAGCCGGGGCGCAGGCACCUGUCGGGCUUCUACGUGCAGCGCGGGAAGGAUGUGAUGGCGGGGGGCAGGCGCCGCAACACCAUCAUGCUGGCCACAGAGAUCAUCAAGAGCGCAUCCAACAUACGCAACACGCGCUUUCACAUCCAGAAGCCCAACCUCGGCAGCUGCCCCAGCAAGACGCUGCAGGAGAUGGAUGAGCAGGGGUUCAGGCGCAUGCCCGACAAGGACGCCGAGGCGCUCUGGAACUUCUGGUUUGCCCACACGGAGCACCACUGCAUGCACGGUGGGCAGAAGCUGGAGAAGUGGCACGACCGCAGCCAGUGGGGCCGGCACAGCAAGGGCACGGGCAACAAGCUGCCGCUGCGGGUGGUGAAGACGAUCCAGGAGGAUGGCUUGCCCCUGGUGGGCGUGGAGGCCACCAACCGCGAGGAGCUGCUGUACUUUGAGCAGUGCCUGAGCCAGCCCGAGGUGGAAGAGCAAGCGGGCGCCCUGCAGCGCGCACGGCUGCAGCAGCAGCAGGGAGGCCCCGCCGCGGCCGCGCUGGCCGCCGCCGGCUUUGGCCUGCCGCCCUACCACGGCAGCUACAGGCCGCACAAGAAGAAGGGCGGCGGCAGGGGGCGCCACUUCCGCUGA